AACUCACUGCAUAUCUGACAUCUCAGUUGCUGAACGCCUGAACCGCAAGUCAUCCAUGACCUCUUCUAUUCCGAAGCUGCUUCUCCUCCUCUUCUUUCUCAGCCAUCGCUCUCCCAUUGCUCGCGCAGGCGAUGAUGGCAGCUACAAGGUUCUGUCCAUGGGCUCUCCGAGAACUGACUCCGUCUGUUCCCAGUCCAAAGCGGUUCCUUCGUCGUCCGCCGGUGCCGCCACGGUGCCCUUGCAUCACCGUCACGGCCCAUGCUCGCCGUUGCCGACCAAGAAGAUGCCGACGUUGGAGGAGACGCUCCACCGCGAUCAGCUCCGAGCUGCCUACAUCCAGCGGAAGUUCUCAGGCGGCGGUGGCGCUGGUGGUGACGUCCAGCGAUCGGACGCCACCGUGCCGACGGCCCUGGGCACCUCCCUGAACACGCUGGAGUACCUGAUCACCGUAGGCCUGGGCUCGCCGGCCACGUCCCAGACCAUGCUCAUCGACACCGGCAGCGACGUGUCGUGGGUGCAGUGCAAGCCGUGCUCGCAGUGCCACUCCCAGGCGGACCCACUCUUCGACCCCAGCUCGUCGAGCACGUACUCCCCGUUCUCCUGCGGCUCCGCCGACUGCGCGCAGCUCGGCCAGGAAGGCAACGGCUGCUCCUCCAGCUCCCAGUGCCAGUACAUUGUCACGUACGGCGACGGCUCCAGCACCACGGGGACCUACAGCUCCGACACGCUCGCCCUGGGCUCCAGCGCCGUCAGGAGCUUCCAGUUCGGGUGCAGCAACGUGGAGUCGGGCUUCAACGACCAGACCGACGGGCUCAUGGGGCUCGGCGGCGGCGCGCAGUCGCUGGUGUCACAGACGGCGGGGACGCUCGGCAGGGCCUUCUCGUACUGCCUCCCGCCGACACCGAGCUCCUCCGGGUUCCUCACGCUCGGCGCUGCUGGCGGUAGCGGAACCUCGGGCUUCGUCAAGACGCCGAUGCUCAGGAGCAGCCAGGUCCCCACGUUCUACGGCGUGCGCCUCCAGGCCAUCAGGGUGGGCGGGAGGCAGCUCAGCAUACCCGCCUCGGUCUUCUCCGCUGGGACGGUCAUGGACUCGGGCACGGUCAUCACGCGGCUGCCGCCGACCGCCUACUCGGCGCUGUCGUCGGCGUUCAAGGCCGGGAUGAAGCAGUACCCGCCGGCGCAGCCGAGCGGCAUCCUCGACACCUGCUUUGACUUCAGCGGCCAGUCCAGCGUCAGCAUACCGUCCGUCGCGCUAGUCUUCUCCGGGGGCGCCGUUGUCAGCCUCGACGCCAGCGGCAUCAUCCUCAGCAACUGCCUCGCCUUCGCGGGCAACAGCGACGACAGCUCCUUGGGCAUCAUCGGCAACGUGCAGCAGCGGACGUUCGAGGUGCUGUACGACGUUGGCCGGGGCGUCGUGGGGUUCAGGGCUGGGGCGUGCUGAUCGAUCGUGAUCGGCGCAAGGACAUUGACAAUACCGGCCGGGAGUACGUACUGUGCUCGUUUGGGUUGCGAGUGCAACGUAAAUGGAAGAAGUGCAAAACAUAUACAUACUACUUCGAUUUUAAUUAUCUUUGCGAUAGCAUGCAAUAACGUCAUGCAUGCAAGUGUGCAAACUACUAAAAGCUAAAAGAUAAUCUUAAUGUCACCUGAUUGAUGACUAUAAAAGAUUAAUGAUAUA